AUGGCCCACCUGGUGCUGCACCCGCUCGACUUCGAGGUCCUCCACGCCGACAACAUCAUCCGCCCGGGCUGGCUGGCCGGCCUCUAUCGCCACCAGUGGCUGACGCUGCUGCGACUCGACCAGGGAUUGGUCGAGCCUGGCUGGAGCCGUGACGUCACCGAGGCGCAGUUUGACGCAUGCGCAUUGCGCUGCGGCCGCACGCUGAAGGACCGGCAGAAGGUCACCUGGCGGUGGACGGGCUUCAACUUCGGCGUUGACCUGGUGAUGGUUCACAGUCGUCGUCAGAUCUCGCUGCGGAGGAACGUCCGCCAGGAGCUGCCCCUGCUCAUCAGCCAGGCUAACAGCCGAGACGUCAUCUACCGGUCAAGCAGCGGCUUGACGGCCGUCCAGCUGGCGCGCGGCCAGGAGGUGCGCGUGCUCACGCUGGACGAGGCGGCCACGUACCCGCUGCUGCUGGCGAAGCUCAGCAGCAACAGCAAGCACGCACCCCGCAUCGUCUGA